AUAAGAACACAGAAUAGUAGUAAAAAAGCCAUCAUAUGUAUUUUUAAAAACACCUCCACAUGUGUUAACGCAACGGGGUCAUAUUAUUCAGUUGGUGAUGUCGGCAAUCCAUUAUAAAUUCUCGUGCAGUACAGAAUACAAAAAUGUUACUUUUGAUGGAAUUAGUCUGUCCCUUGUGGACCUUAAAAAAUCCAUUAUGGAAAAGCAAAAACUUAAAAGUACAGAAGUGGAUCUUCAAAUUACAAAUGCUCAGACUUUACAAGUGUACAAAGAUGAUCUUGCAUUGAUACCAAAAAAUACAGCAGUUUUAGUAAGAAGAAUACCUCUUGGUCCUGUACGAGAUUCAAAAGUUUAUGUUGUGAAACGUAGUGAAAAAGGUACUUCCUCAUCUUACAGUGUUGCAUCAAAGUCAGCUCAAGACACAAGUUCCACACAACCGAAACUAAGCUUUGAAGAACUUGCAAAGACAAGUAACCUUGCUGAAGCUAAUGCAUCUGAGGAAGACAAGAUUAAAGCUGCCAUUGCUCAAUCAACAAAUGAAUAUGAUCCCGCCAAUUUUGUAAGACCGCCACGCCAUGGUACUUACAAUAAAUACACAAGCAAUAAUGUUGGCCAAACUUCAAUCAUGAGAUGUUUUCGUUGCAAUCAAAUGGGACAUUAUUCAACUCAAUGUUCGUUACCAAAAGUUGAUCCUGACCGACAACCAAAAGUUUACCGGCAUGCCACGGGGAUUCCCCGAAGUCACAUGGUUGAAGUAACGCAGAAGAGUAAAGGAGCGAUGUUAACCACCGAUGGCAAAUAUGUCGUCCCAUAUAUGGACAAGAAAGGAUAUGAAGUUGGGAAGAAAGAGAAACCUCCAUUUAUUCCUCAGAGUGAAACGAAGUCGAUUGAAGAUGAGGAAGAAGAUGAACCGAUUCCUGAUGAGUUGAUUUGUCUUCUUUGUAAAGAUUUGCUCGUAGAUGCUGUUGUUAUUCCAUGUUGCGGAAACAGCUAUUGUGAUGAAUGUAUCAGAAAUGCAUUACUUGAUUCUGAUGACCACCAGUGUCCAACUUGCCACAAACAAAACAUUUCACCUGAUUCAUUGAUUGCCAACAAGUUUCUUCGACAGGCAGUGAACAAGUUUAAAAAUGACACGGGAAUUGCAAAGAAGCGAUCCAAUGCCCCUGUGUGGCCUCGACCUGCUGCAUCAGAAUCUACAAAACCAAAACAAACAAACAUUCCGAUGAAAGUGAGCUACGGACCACCAAAGGCAGGUUCUCAACUUGAUCGUCCCACAACAUCUGGUGCAUACGUCGUGAAAGCUAAAACUGACCAGAUCGCUCCCCGUGGUUACUCCAUUGUAAAAAGAACCAAUGAAAUUCGAAGCUCAUCACCUGUUGAUUCAAAUCAACCAAUCAGAAUUAAGCUUGGAGGAUCAUCAUCUGAGGUACUUCCAUCAUCAGCUACAACCACGCCAUCAGAUCAGUCAACAACAACUAGUAUUACUCCACAAAGUGAAAACUAUACUUUUAACUCCACACCUGAUACUACUGAAGAAAAACCAAAAGCUGUGGUUGAGCCAGGACCACCUGGUAUUACACCUCCCGUUGCUAAAGUUGUACGUCCUCUUGAAGAAAACAGUGAGCAGAAAGAUGAAAAAGAUGAAAUUGUCAAUGAUGUUCCUGAGAAGCUGAGUGGAAUCCAUCCACUUCCACACGACAAAAAUGAAACUAAUGAACAACCCGAUAAACAACCUGAACAUACAGAUUCAUUCGAAGCUGUUAAAGCACAAACAUUAGAUAUAAAUAUAAAACCAAUAGAAGAUAUACCGAAGUUUGAACAACCAAAUUCAAUAAACCCAAAUAUUCCCCAAAUAGAGCACCCAGUAGUUACCAAACCACAAGCUGUCAUAACACCCCAUGUUCCACCGACAAACCUCCCACUUCCCAUUCUACCACCAGUUAACAUAAACAUCCCACCACCAAGUUUACCAAGAAUGCCCACCCUACUCCAACCUACAUCACAGCAACCUGUUAGCUUCACACAGUCAAUUCUUGGACCACCACCCGUAAUUUCAAAAUCGGCCUCACAUCCAAGUUUGUUCCAACGUCCCCCACCUCCUUUUCCAUUCCCACCAUUCUUCCCUCUUGGAUCCGUUCCCUUUACUCAGCCACCUCCAGGGUUUCCUCCAAAUCUUCCUCCACCAGGGAUCAACAUCCAAUCAUUGAUUCAAGGUCCUCCACCAUCGAGUAUUCCAACACUGACAGGACUUAUUCCAUCUGUAUCAUCAUCAUCGAGCCAUAUUGCGAGUCAGCAACGCAAACAACGAUCCCCACCUCCGAGAAAACAUCCAGAUGAUUGGAGGAGGAGUAACCAUCGGGGCCAACGAACCAAACUUGAUUUAAUGUCAGAUGAAUUUACUGAAAAUUUGUCCAAAAACAAAACAAGAAGAAGACGUAGAAGAAGUUACUCAUCCAGCUCAUAUAGUGAUUCAUCAUCAAGUAACUCAUCAGGUUCUUCAUAUUCAUCUGGAUCCUCAUCAUGGUCAAGUAGUUCAUAUUCACGAAGUCGCUCAACAAGUCCUCGUAAUAAAGGAUAUAAGAAGAAAAGAUCCUCCAAAGUUAGAAGUAGAAAAAAGAGUCGUCCACGAUCGAGGGAAAGACAUGAUUCAACCCGAGGCAGAAAACAUACUAAGCGGAAACAUAAAUCUCCUCCACGCAGCAGGAAAUACAGUCGUAGUAAUUCCCGUUCUCCCACUCCAAGGAAAGAUGGGAGAGGAAGAUCAGAUAGAGGAAGAUCUCCUCCUCCAUCACGGAGCAAAGAUGCACGUUCACGUGGCAACAAACGUCACAAUAAAAAUUCCUCGCAUCCCCCCAUUCCUGUGAUUGGUGGAACUGUUUCAAACCCAGUCAUACCAGGUCUUCCAUCAAAGGAAGCUGCAGAUUAUGAAAGAGAUCAAGCAUUAUAUGCUCAUUAUAGACAAGCAUAUGAGAGGGACUGGUAUGAGAAAGGCGUGAUGCCACCCCCACCAUACGAUCGCUUCGUACAACCCCGAUAUUCUCGAUCACCGUCGCCUCCUGGUACUGGAAGCAACCCACUGCUGCCAGGUAGUGGUCAAUGGCGUGAGGAAGGGAAGUUUCAUCCUCAUUUUAACCAACAGUCAGCUCAACUAUACAAAGACAACAGCAAUUUUUAUGCUCCAGUUGGUAAUAGAUUGCAGGCAAUUGCAAGCGGUUAUGACAACGCAAUGGUGGAUGAUGUUUCACCGAGGUCUUCUCGAAGAUAUGAUGAUGAAGCUUUGCGUGGCAGAAGUAGACGUAAUGUGGAUUCACGUAGAUAUGUGAGAAGAGGAGAAUCGAGUGAUAAACGUGUGAGGACAUCUUCUCCAGAUCGUGUUGUUGAUGAUGGGGAUGCUACUCCUGUUCGUGAUGAGAGACCGCCUCCGGAUGAAGUGGAGAUCAUUAAAAAAAGCGAGUCACGCAAGAGCAGAGAUAAUGAUAGAAGAAGCAGAAGAGAUGAUAGAAGAAACAAAGAUGAGAAGAAUCGAUUGAAAGAAGAGCGAAGAUAUUCUUCGAGGGAUUCUCAUUAUAAUCGUCAUCAUCAUAAAGAAUCUUCAUCAAAACCAAGAUCAUCUUCCAAAAGUUUAAAAUCUGAAGAAAAAUCUACAUCUUACUCUUCUAAAAGGACAAGUGAUGAUAAAUCCUCAAAAUCCUCAAAAUCUAGUAAAAUAAGCAAAUCAACCUCAAAGCCUAAGCCUGUAUCAAGUAAAAAGAAAAUUUCUAUUACACUGAAAAGCAUACCAGGAGUAAAUAAUGAAAAUAACAAUGAAGCGACUAAUGUAACACCAGAGCCUGUUUCUCAAGCACCAAGCAAUGAGAUUUCCGAGACCUCAGCCAAGUCGGCAAGUAAUAAGAUUGUUGAAAAGAAUUCCUAUGGUGACACUUGUGAACCCCAAUCUUCUGUUCAAAACAAGAGUCCUGAAUCCAAAACAGGUGAUGAUUCAGCUAAACUAAAAGGAUUUACAAAUUCCACAUUUAAAGAAAUUUCUCCUUUGGAAACGACAGCAGAACAUAAUGUUGAAAAUGAUUUAAAAUCUAAACAAGAGAAACAUAAUGAAACUUUACAGGAAGAUGCUUCGGAUGAAAACAUUCCUGAAGUUGUUUCAGCUGCUGAUGAGGAUGAGAGUAAAAUGAAGUCCUCUGUAGAGCACGAGAUUUUGAAUUCUCAAUCUCAAAUUGAAGCUGAUGCCAAUGCUGAAGGAAGCGAUAAGGUGUCAGAUAAAAAAGACAGCAAUAAAGUGUUGGGUAAUAAGGAAGAAAAUCCAAUAGUUUACCAUACAGAUGAUAUGCAAAGUAAAGAUGUCAAACGAGUUCCGUCUCCCAUUAUAUUUACAAAGACUGAUGAAACUUUUGAGAACAACUUGAAAUCCUCUGACAAAGUACCAGCACCUUCAACACACAGACGCAAAGUAAAAGAAGUUUUUUCAGUUGAGGACAAACAGCGCUUGAGCAACCUUAUCGUACCAAACGCCAAACCAUCGCAUUCAAAGUCAAAAUCUCACUUAGUUCCUCGAGAAAAGAGCAAAAAGUCACUUCGAAAGAAAAGUAAAGAUAAAAGUAAUACAGAACCAUCCGGGAAAGAGAAGAAGUUUGUUGAAUACGAUGGCACAGCGCCCCCACCUCCUGGAGAUGAACUUGUGAAGAUUAAUCUACCAAAAUCAAGGUGGGAUGAUUCAGAUGAUGGAAUUCCCCAUGAAACAUCAGAAGCUACAGGUAAAAGUAGGAGGAUUAGGAUCAAACGGAAAUCUCUUCAAAGUGAAGUCAUCAAAGAUGAUAAAAUGAUGAAAGGUGUUUCCGAUGAUCUUGCUUCGACAGUUGGUAAAUCUUCGUCAAUAGCUGAACAUUCAGUGGAUGCAAAAAUUCUGAUCACUCUUCCACAAAACGAUGAUAAACAAAAUCAAGAUGUAAAAAAUCGCCAAGUGUCAUUAGUAAAUACCGAAAAUACAAAGCAAGAUGUUGAAGAGAAAAAAGAAAUUCAUGUUUCUGUAAAGGGAAAAGCUCUCAAUGUGACAUCCAUGAGGUCUUCUCGUGGGGAGGAAUAUCAUGACGAAGAUGCUUUGGAUCUUCAACCUUUAUCAGGUUUAAGUAACACUGAAUCAAUUUCGGAUAAAACUGAGAAGAAAAAGAAGAAGAAGAAGAAAAAGAAGCAUAAAAAUAAAUCUAAGAAAUAUUCCCAUGAAUCCAAAAGUGAAGUGAAAGAUGCUCCUCUUUCGGAUACUGCACAAUAUGAAAAGGAGUUUACUCCCUGUGAGGAAGAUGCAGCAGCAGAAAAUAAUAAGAGGAAGCAUCGAAGCGAUUCAGGUUCCCCGCAUCAGAAAACUAAAUCAAAGAAGAGUGGGAAGGAGAUGGUUGAUAGGAAGCGAAGGAGGCGAGCAUCUGAUUAUAGUGAUGAUGGAAGGAUGGAAAACUCCGACGAUGAUGAAACUACAAAAAGAAAUUCUAGACGUCAUUAUUCGCGUGAACGAUCACAUCGAGGUCGCUCGUCUUCAAUUCGUGAUGAAGAUUAUUCACAAAGAAAGCGACGCAUUUCAAGCGAAAGAAAGUCACGUGACCGCUCCCGAAACCGCGGAAAGAAGCGAAAGAAAGAUCGACGUCGACAUCGUAAAAGGAAAUAUUCGUAUGAUCAAUCUCCAUCGACUUCUUACUCUGACACUUAACGGAUUUAAAAGACAUAUUUUGCUCUUAUAAGUGAUCUUUGGUUUCGCCGAUUACGGACGAAAUAGUUGCUUCCAAAUGCGGCUGUUGCUAUAAUUUCAAUACGAUCAUAAUAGACUCGUGUAGUAAACGAAAUAAAAUUAAGCUAUUUGAAUAA